AUGUGGCGUGUGUUCCUGGUGCAGUGCGUCGUCGUGGGCAGCAGCUCCACCGUCCUGGCCAACACGCAAGAGGGAAAUGGCGCAGCUUCCCGAUGGAGCCCCCACAGUCUGGGCCGAAUAAUGGCACAGUGUCUGGGCGGUGCGGAGGUGUGGCACUGCCUGGGCUCCGAAGGCGAGCGAUUGCUGGAGGCGGCUGCUCGCGACAACAGCUCCUGGCAGAUCAGCGACUAUCUGAGCAUUGAGCCGCCAGCGGAGCCACAUGGCACAGCCCGCAGCGAUGGUGGAGCGGAGUCUGGACUGGCCGGCAGGCUGCUGCAGUUGGUGCAGGGACGGGCGCUGCGUGUUCAACUUCCCAGGGAGCUGACCAUAUCGAAUGCCAUCGAUGACUUUGGCACUCAACUGGGCUUUGAUCAAGGUCGCAAGAAGAAGGACAAAGAUAAGCACAUGGCCAUGAUGGGCGGCAUGAUCAUGAUAGCGACCGUGGCCCAAAUGUUCCUCGGAAAGGUAAUCCUCAUCGCCGGCGCCGCCUUCAUAAUGGCCAAAAUAGCCCUCGUCAUAUCACUGCUGGGCAGUCUAAAAAAGGGAUCGAGUGGCCACAGUGGUAGCGCCCCGGAGCAUGUGAUUGUCACCAGUUCGGGCGCGGGGUCGGGCCACAGCCACGAAAGCGGCUGGCACCGCAGCAUGCCCACCCACGACUACAGCUCCAGUCAGCUGGAGCAGAUCGAAGAGCCAUCCCAUGCCCAAGAUCAGGGAUACCAGGCCUACGAGAUGGAAACACUGAAGAGGCGCCAAUCCAACCAUCAGCCCCGUCCAGUAGCGACGAUCCCAACGCGUGGAUUUCUCUAG